AUGUCCUUGAAGUAUGCCCUGGCGACGUUGCCGGCGGCCCAGAUUUGUCGUACGGACCUCGCGGCCAUCUCGGCCAUCGCGUCCAUCGCGGCCAUCGCGUCCGUCGCGUCCAUCGCGUCCAUCGCGGGCAUCGCCCUCUGUCGCCCGGUGGGACCGUCUUUGCUCCUGACGCUGCCGUCUGGGUUCUUGGGGCUGGUCCAUUAUGGCCGAGGACCUGGGGUGAAAGCGUUUGAAGGGUGUAUAAAUCAAGCGUUGUAG